GGCAACACUGCUUUCGAAUGACAUUUGAAUCAGCGUGCAUCCACAACACACGUGCGAUUGUCGGCGCUAUUUAGUGAAACAAAAUACUUUUUUUGAAAAUAAGAGGUGUGCAACUAGUGAAUCAAUUUUACAACAUGGACCCAUUUGAUGAAAAUGCCAUCAACAGUUCCGAUGACGAAGAUACGGACAUUAUCGAUGAAAACACCUGCACUGAUGCUGAGCUAAAUGAGUUAUUUUCAAAUCAAUACCAUUUGACGUCCGAGGAAUGUGUUUCACUGAAAAGGACCUACAUUCUACAUAUGGCCUCGUCUAAAUCAUUCGACAGAAUUAUCACCGGAACGUCGUCUGGAUCAGUGCAUUUGUAUGACAUUGCAAGCGGGCUCUCAAAACUAAAGACACCAAAGUGUUUGGAUGAUUUAAGCAGUUCAAUUACAGGAGUAAAGUAUGCAAGUUCGUCGCUAGAAUCAGUGCUAGUUUCGACAGCUGAAAGCGUUCUUAUGGUAGAUCUACGCAGCGAUGAAAUUGUUCAUACUUUUAGCGAUGACCGCGAUUCUGUCCGAAAGAAACCGUUGAACAGUUUCGACAUUAACCACAACGAUCGAAUUGUAUGCGCUGGCACUGAACAAGGUGAUCAGGAAGCCUAUCUUCUUUUCUUUGAUGUUCGGAAAAAGGCUCUACUCGGUGCCUAUUGGGACAGUCAUCAGGAUGACAUUACCGACGUCAAAUUUCAUUCAAAAAAUCCCGACCUAAUUUUGAGUGGAUCAACAGAUGGUUUGAUUUGCGCAUUUGACAUAUCGCAAACGGACGAGGACGAUGCACUACUUUGCACACUGAAUACAGACAGUAGCGUUGGAAACAUAAACUGGCAUGAAAAUUCUAUGGGAAAGGAUUUGGUGUCAUGCAUUACACACACGAACGAUCUGCAAUUGUUCAACGCAGAAGAUUUCGAUGAAGCUGAGCUCCUUAAAACAUUUGACCGAGAAACAGUUGCUCAGCACAUAAAGAGAAAAUCCGUCAUGGAUUGCACUUUAAUCGGCUGUCACAACACGUCGAAUAAUGAAAUCUUAUUGCUAGCUGGUUCCAACUACGAAAAGGGGAGGUGUCUACGAAGUCUUGUGUAUCGGAAUGAAACUCUUGUACCAUCAACUGACUUUGUGGGAAAUAAGCAGAUCGUCCGGACUAGUUUGUUCAAUGCAAAGACUAAUAUGUUAAUAACCGGCGGUGAAAAUGGAUUGAUAACAAUUUGGUCGAUUGGUGCAGCCGCAAAUACAAACACGAGCGUGAAUAAGUCAAGCAAGCUAAAAGAAAAGGCUCACAAGAAACACAAAAGUGCACCUUAUUGAACUGAGUGAAAUAAAUGACUAAUUGAAAAU